AUGUUGGACAGAAAGAUAGCCUAUCCUACAAUUGAUACUGUUCAGCCUGAGCAAAAAGUGCAUAAUAUUUCUGAUCGUGAGCAUAGAAAGGUAUGAUUGUGUAUAAAUAUGUAGUUUGUUGACGAAAAUUGAAUGUGUUGUAUUUAUCUCGCAAAGUAUAUUUCUAUACAUUUAUAUUAUAUUGAUAUAAUCGUUUAUGUUUUGUAGAUUUUGCGUGAUAUAGGAGGUCAUUCAAGCACGACCGAUUUCAGUGAUUUGCAUACCGCACAAGAAGCCGAUGUCAACAACGAAGUGAUCCAAGACGCUGUAACCAAAUUUACAUGCAGUACACCAAAGGCAAAGACAGAUGUUGCAUCUAACUUUCCUGACUUUGUGACUUCGCCUGUUUCUUCUUCCACUGAUUGUGAAAAAUGCAAAUUGUUUGCUGAGGAGAUACGUCGGUACAAAGACAAUUUGAGGAAGUGUAAAGCAAGAAACAAGAGACUGAGAAAACAGCUCUGUGACCAGAAACAAACUAUAACACAACAGACCAACCAGGUUUGUUUUCUACUUUAUAGUGAAUCAUUCUACAAUUCAUAAAUAAAAUAUAUAGUAAUCAGUAUAACUAUAUUUGUGUCUCGCGUUACAACAGAAAACACAAACCAGGCAGUGAAUUCAAUAUAAUUAUAUAUUUAUAUUAGGCAAAAUAUCUGACAUACAAUACCCAUUUAUUGGAUCAAUUCCUGGCACAGGUUCAAUUCCUUCCACAAUACCCUUCUAAAUUUUUGCUACUGGUCCUGGUCUAAAAAUAAUUUUAAAAUUUAAUUUCCUUUCAAUAGCAACAAGAAAAUCAGAUGGAAGACAUUCCUGAACAGCCUGAAGAAAAUGAGAGUCAAGACAUAUUGGUGGAAGAAAGUUACGAUGAGCCUCCUGAUGAAAGUCAGACCGAAUCGGAUGAAGAAAAGUGA